AUGAUCAGUAGUUUCUUCAAAUGUAACCACUCUCCACCGAUUCAUCAGCUCAUCAAACCAAGGCCUAGACCUAAACGAAUCCUGCAACGACCCUGGACGAAGUAUAAUCUGAAUCCCAGCCAAAUCUCUCAACUUCAACGACUGGGGAAUUUACCCAAGAUGGAGAAACGGGUCAGGCCAACCGAUUCAAAUCGCUCAAUCAAUCCUCCCAACCAGUUCGAAAUCACAUUCCUCGGGACAUCUGCUGGUAAACCAACCAUCCAACGUAACCCAUCUUCAUUGGCACUCCGGAUGGAUGGGCAAAUCUGGAUUUUUGACUGCGGAGAAGCAACGACCCAUCAGAUCAUGCGCACCAAUCUUAAACCUAGCAACGUUACCAAGAUCUUUAUCACACAUCUUCACGGCGAUCAUGUUUUGGGAUUAAUAAGCUUUCUAUCUCAUAUUGGUGAUCGAGCAGAGGCUGACCUAGCGAGCAAGAACCAACAUCCUUUUUCCGAUUCCAGCGACGUAGUAGAAAUCUUCGGCCCAUCUGGGAUCCGCGAGUUCGUGCGAUCGACUCUCCGAUUGACAAAAACGCAUUCCCUCUUAAAGAUUAAAGUAAACGAACUUUUAAGACAUUCAAAGGACCAUGUCUUCACACCCUCACUCAGCAACCCCACCGGGCCCGGUCGGCUGUGGCAUAACGAAGUCUUAGGAGAAGAUAUCUGGUCGGAUCAGAAUGGGCUUUGGAAUGACGUGGUCGAGGUGAACCACUGCGGUGUCCGUGUCAGUGCAGCACCCAUUCAACACACCAUUGAAUGUGUAGGCUACUUGCUCACGGAAGCCAAUCGGAGAGAAAAGUUUGACAUGGUUAAACUCGAGCCGAUCCUUGAACGGCAUGCAGAUGAAAUCAAAGGGAUGGGAUUCAAAGUGUUACCAGCAAUCCUCAGUCAUCUCGAAAAGACACGAAAGCCAAUCAGUUUUUCCACUGGGGUCACCCUCCACCCACCAAGUCUUUCGAUUCGAGGUCGACGGAUCAUGAUUCUAGGGGACACCUGCGACCCGAGUGCGAUGGCAGCUUUGAUAGAACAUGAUGCGGAGGUCCAGUCUAUUGACUUGCUGGUCCAUGAAGCUACAGGCACCUCUGUGCCCGAUGCGCAUGAGCGAAAGCAAGAAGAGCGUCAAUCGGAGUUUCAAGUGGCCAGGAAGAUGAAUGAACGAGGUCAUUCUACCUCAUUCAUGGCCGGCCAGUUCGCACACCGAGUCCGAGCAACUCGCCUGAUCCUCAACCACCUCGGGGGGAAAUUCCCUGCACCCCAAGCUGCACUUUGUCCCAGCAAGUCCUUCCCACCUUUCGCCUCUUCUUCUACUCAGCCAGAAGACCAGAAUGCAGUCAAAACAAUCCAUGCUGAGAUGUGGAAAAAAUUCGAAGAGAUGGAUCACCCUCGACGAGCUAAACUUGUCGAAGAACUCGCCUGGCUAAAAGCUGUUGAGAACGAUGCGCUCGAUGGUUGGCGCUCCGCCGCUCGACAACACUCCCGCAACUUGCCCCAGAACAAUAAACCCGAUAUACCCCCAAACAUCAACCAUGAAAGAAAUCCUGGAAAAUCGGCUGAUGAUCUCCUUGUUUCUGUUGCUUAUGACUUCUUGCAAAUCAAUGUUCCCAGGUCCGACCAAUAA